AUGGAUCACCAGCAGCUCUACUGGAGCCACCUUCACAAAUUCAGCCAGGGGUCUCAGUCGUGCCAUGUGUGUUCGAACCAGCAUGGCCUGAUCUGCAAGUAUGACCUGAAUAUGUGCCAACAGUGCUUCCAUCAGUAUGCGAAAGACAUCAGCUUUGUCACAUUGGACUAA